AUGGAUUCGCGGCCACGGAGGAGUCGUCUUGUGGCGGGCUGUCAACGAUGCCGGGUUCGUCAUUUGAAGUGUGAUAUUCGUGCAGAGAGCUGUCGGCACUGUCAACGUGUCGGCGUCGAGUGCAACCGAUCAUCGGUGCGGUUUCGUGAGGGGCUGGCCUUGCCAAGUAUCGCCUUUUCAGAGCAACCGAGUUGGCCUCGAAUUAAUGGAAAUGUUCGCUUUCAUGAUGAAACUUCUGAGAUCACAAGUCUAUACGUGGAAGUCACAGAAGACCCCGAGCCACAGUGGGCCCACAAUCAAGAAUAUGAUUCUCAAGAAAGGCUGCAUCGUGAAAAAGUCAUUCAUACUCCCGAAGAACGCCAAAUCAAUCUGCAGCACGCUGCCAACCUUCGAUCGCCCUCGGUACCCAAUGCCGUGGCAGAAAAUCCCUCUCCUGCGAGCCUAUCAAUUAUCUCGUCGUCAUCAUCUCGAACCAGAUCUAGCUACACUACUCUCCAUACAUUUACCGAAAGAGAGGCUAUUUUGAUCCGAAAUUUUGUUGAAAACAUGGCUCUUUGGGCCGAUAUUACCGAUCCAAAGCGCCAUUUUGAAACAGAAGUACCCGCAAGAGCGCUCAAAGACUCGGUUCUUCGCCAUGCGGUUUUAGCUUUCUCUUCACGGCAUUUAAAUCGAAGAAAUACGGAAGACGCGCCGGAGGCACUGCAAUACCAUAACGAUUGCGUCAAGUUACUGAUCCCUGCAAUGUCCGAGCCAGAGCAACAUAUCACCGAAGAUAUUCUGGCUUCCGUGGCGAUCUUGCGACAACACGAAGAAAUGGAUGGGGAGGAUAACCAAUUCCAUCUAACAGGAACUACUCGCAUUCUCAACACGGUCUCAACAUUUGGUUCAUCUGGUGGUCUGGGCGAAGCUGCGGCUUGGCUAUGCUUGCGUCAGGACAUUUACGUCGCACUAACGACCCAGCAACCACUGCGAACCGACCUGCAAAACUUCCUGGAUUCUGAUGUUUUUGUGAGAGAUGAUGACUUUGCGUGGUCCAGUAGAAUGGUUUUUCUACUAGCGAAGGCUCUGCAAGGUGUCUUCACAAACAAUGCAAAUUCAAAAUCCAUUGACGAGGAGGUUCGUGAGUGGUAUGCGACGAAGCCACAUACCUUUGAGCCAAUCCGAGUAGUUCCACGUGGAUCGGAAAUAAGCAAUCGAUUCCCAGCCAUUUGGAUGUUGCUGCCCGUGCAUGGUGAGAAUGUUCUCUCGUCUAUUCUCUGUUACAUUACUGACGCCGGUGCAGUUGUUGGCCUGCAAUACUAUCAUAUGACCAAGAUUGUUCUUGCACUUUCUCAAAGCUCCACCGCAUCUUCUACAUAUGAGACGAUUCGACAAUCCCGAAUAAUUGAGAAAAAUAUUCAACACCAUUUACUCCAUGUCUUGGGUCUUGCAGAAUCCAAUUCGAAAGCUGAAAACACGCUCUUUACUGCACGCCACAGUCUGGUUGCAUGGGGCUGGGCUUUGAGGAGUCGUGGAGAUCAAAAGGCGGCAGAGUCCUUAUUACGGGGUAUGCACGAAAGAACGGGAUGGAAUAUGGACACAUUGAUUGUGUCGCUGCGGCAGCAGUGGCGUGAUGAAAAUGAGCAUUGA